AUCACCACACACCUACUUACGUCUGCGUCCGCGACCGCACACACAUCGAGGAUUGCGCUUCACCUUGAGGGCUAGUCCGGCUUGCCCACCGGCGCCACCCUCGCCAUGGCCACCGAGGAUGCUCGCUACAGGCAGUCUAGCCAAUACCGCCUCUGGUCCUUUACCCCAUCCGACCUGGCUACCCUCCGCGAAAAGACCAACACCCUCGCGCGAACACACAUCUCCGACCGCUUGCUCGCCUCGGAACCUCCUCCCGACCCUCUGCCCGCCUUCCUAACGCCCGCCGAAGAGUAUACGCUUCUCACCUACUUCACCUACGAACUCCUUCGCGCCGCCGCCUUUUGCCAGCUCCCCACCGAUAUCCAAGCCACUGCUGCUAUAUUCCUGCGGCGUUUCUAUGUUACCAAUAGCGUCAUGACCUACCCGCCCCAGGAGCUUCUUAAGACUUGUCUAUUCUUUGGGUGCAAGGCCGAGGGCUACUUCAUGCGCCUGCAAAAGAUUGUGGACACCUUCCCCAAGACGACGGGUGAGAUGGUCCUGGCAGCUGAAUACGUGCUGUGUCAGGGCAUACGGUUCGCCUUCGACGUGCGACAUCCCUUCCGCGCUCUGGAAGGAGCCGUUAUGGAACUCCGAAGGCUCGGCGAUUUCGCCGACGAUAGGAUCAACGAAGCGCACAGGAGGACGCGAGAUAUCCUAAAAUUCAGCCCCCUAGUCACCGAUGUCUAUUUCCACUACACGCCAAGUCAGAUCAUGUUCGCGGCUUUGGCGAUCGCCGACGAGGAAUUGGUACGGCGAGUAUUGCGAGAGGCGUUUUCCGGACAGGCCGAAGACGCCAAAGACAAGGCUUGGGGGGCUAUACAGGACUGCAAGACCAUGCUGGAGAAAGAACCUCUAGAGAAGCUGGCCAAUUAUGGGUCUGAUCGCGAGAAUAAGAAGGCCCUCAAAGUCUUGAAGGAUAAGCUCGCGAAGUGCCGAGAUCCGGACCGAGCCGACCUGGUGGCUUUGCAGAAGGCACGGAGAGAGCAGGCGUCCCAAAAGCCCAAGGCAACGCCGAGCCUCAAGGCAGACGAAGAGGUAUUUGGGGGCAGAAUCGGCCAAGAGCGCGAGUCUAAGAGGCGAAAGGUAGCUCUAGAUGGAGGAGACUUGUUUGGACCUCCUCUGUGAAGACGGAUCGUCAAUCGCAAGUGGGCUCUUCGUUAGCCUUAUGUCCUACGUCGACAUGCGUCAACCCGGGACUGACGCAAGGGGUAUACGGGAGGAGCAGAAGACUAUCCUCACAAUUACAGGAUCGAUAUGAUACGUUGCCUCGAUAUGAUAAUACGGCAGCAGGGCCGCGUUGCUGCACAAGGCCCGGUUUAGGUACACAUGCUCCGGACA